AUGUCGUUUUUUGGUACUCCUUCUAGUGCCCCAGCAACAACAGGUCUUUCGGGAGGGUUUAAUUUUGGCGCUAAUAAACCUGCUGCUACAACAGGAUUUGGUCUAGGUACUGCAACAACUCAAGCGUCUACAGGAUUAUUUGGUACACCAGCAACUUCAGCACCCGCUUUUGGUACUGGUACUCCUUCAUUUGGUUCUACUUUUGGAGCUACCUCUAGUGCCCCUGCCUUUGGUGCCACAGCUACUCCGGCUUUUGGUGCUACAUCAACAACACCUGCCUUUGGUGCCAAUACAUCUUUAACUUUUGGUACCGGUUCGACAGCUCCUGCUUUUGGAACUACAACUCCAGCGUUUGGAGCGACAUCAACUGGUGCAUUUGGAGCUGGUCUCGGAGGAGGCCUUAAUUUUGGUACUGGAACCAGCACUGCUGCACCUACUGGCUUAUCAUUUGGAACAACAACAACAACAACAACAAGUUCUGGUGGACUUGGUGGGCUCGGUGGAUUUGGUUUUGGUACCACACAGUCUGGUUUGGGGUUGUUUGGUUCAACUGGUACUUCUACAACAACAAGUAGUGCUUUUGGCAAUGCAUUAGGCACAACAAGUGUAACGGGUACUCUGCUAUCAACUUCAGCUGCUCCUAGUUUGGGUUUAGGAGGCGUGUCUCAACCGGGAACAACUAACACUACUACAAGUGAUGGAAAAACCGAACCACCGAAACAAACAAAGCUUCCGAAUGAAAUAUCGACAAUGGUGGACUCUUUUAAGGAGUUUGUCAAGAAGCAGAAGUCACUGAGCUCUGACGUCAUGAGGGUAUCCAUCAAGCCGCUACAUAAAGUAGGUCGCGAGGCGGAGUCCACGCUGCGCGCGGUGCUGGCGCUGCGCGGCGAGUGCGGGCGCGCGCGCGCACACUCGCGCCGCCUGCGCGCCGCCGCCGCCGCCGCGCUCGCCGCCGCCGACGGCGCGGCCAGGGACCCGCCCGGAUUAGAAUUGGAAGGUCUUGUUCCACCAACAUAUGUGAAAGAUCUCAUAGCUGAAUUAGAGCAACAAUUAAUAACAUUCAGAAGGCAAAUGGACGAAGCGGACAAACAAAUGCAGGCAUCUCCCAAACUGCUUACUGAACAAGAAUUAACUCUCGGUAUACGUCGAAUGCAUGAAUCGUUGGUGGCUCUAGCUGGGAGGCUUCAAGCGUUGCACACACAAGUUGAAUCCCAGAAAGAACAAUAUCUGAAUCUUAGAAAAUAUGUCCUGAAAGAUCCCACUAAUGUCUUUGAAACGCCAUCAUCUAACGCAAGUUUAGAUGAAAUGCUACAUGAUGGAGAAAGGAAUAGAAAAAAGGCAAAGUCUUUGAACAUGUCGGAAAUUAGUACAGGCAGUGCCGUGGUGACUGACCCGAGGGUCGCUUUAGCUGGUAAUAUUCAACAAUUGGCUGGACCAACCCCGUUCACGUAUCUAGCGAGUACCAUAUCAGCGUUUCCCACUGGCGGCGACACUACUGGAUCGAACUGGCAGCCCACGCCACAGCCGAGUCUCAACACAACGAACAUUUCCUUCGGCUCGAGCACGCAGAACGACUCCGCCUUCCAGCUGCAGAAGCCGCCCGGGAAGCGCGGCAAGCAA